AUGAUACUUGCAACGCUCCUGUCGAAAACGAAAGAGGAUGGUCGAGUCGUCCUGAUUGCGGCGGUAGUUGUCGUGGUGGAGGGUAUUCUGAAUGCUGAUGAGACUGUAUUUUCUAGUGGUAUCUUCUUCUUUGACCUUAGCCAAAAAGACGAGAAGCGUUCAAUGAUUUUCUUCUUCUUCUUCUUCUAUCUUCAUCUUGUCAUGCAGUUUUGGUGCUAUAUCGGAAGCUGUUGUUUUGCUCAACGCUUUUGCAAGAACGAAGGACGUGACAAGUGCUUGAGUAAACAUGAGUAA